AACAAUCAAAACAUUUUUCUUGGAGACCUAAACCACCACCUGACUUCACCACCACCACCACCACCACCACCACUACCACGUCUCCUCUCCCUCCACCGACAAAUCCAAAAACACAACCGGAUGUUGAAAAAUCCACAGAUAAAAACUGCGUGUAUAAUAAAAUUUGAUUGAUUGAUUAGAAAAACUAGUCAAUUCACGAAAACAAAAUGUCUCUCAACAUGAAAACAUUUACACAGGCGCUAGCCAAAACGGCAGCGGUCAUUGAAAAAACCGUACAAACCACCGUCCAAGAAGUAACCGGUCCCAAACCCUUGCAAGACUACGAUCUCCUUCACCAGAUCGGCUCAGCUGGACCCGGUCUCGCUUGGAAGCUCUAUUCUGCCAAGGCAGCGCGUGAGUCAACGCGCACACACCAGUACCCGACGGUUUGCGUGUGGGUUCUGGAUAAGAAGGCGUUGUCGGAAGCACGAGCGCGUGCGGGUUUAACGAAGGUGGCGGAGGAUACGUUCUUGGACGUGAUUCGAGCGGAUGCUGCGAGGUUGGUUAGGAUUAGGCAUCCGGGAGUGGUUCAUGUUGUGCAGGCUUUGGAUGAGAAUAAGAAUGCGAUGGCGAUGGUGACGGAACCGCUUUUCGCGUCGGUGGCGAAUGCGAUUGGGAAUUUGGAGAAUGUGGGGAAAGUGCCUAAGGAGCUCAAGGGAAUGGAAAUGGGCUUGUUAGAGGUGAAGCAUGGCUUGCUACAAAUUGCAGAAUCCUUGGACUUCCUCCAUAACAAUGCACAUCUCAUUCACAGGGCUAUAUCUCCUGAGAAUAUUCUAAUUACUUCAAGUGGAGCGUGGAAGCUUGGUGGAUUUGGUUUCGCAAUAACAACAGAUCAGGCUUCAGGCGAUUUGGCUAGUUCCCAGGCCUUUCAUUAUGCUGAAUAUGAUGAUGAGGACUCUAUGCUGCCCCUUCAGCCAUCGCUGAAUUACAUUGCACCUGAACUAGUUAGGAGCAAAGCACCUUCAGCUGGAUGCUCUUCUGAUAUUUUUAGUUUUGGAUGCCUUGCCUACCAACUGAUUGCUCACAAGCCUUUGUUUGACUGCCACAACAAUGUGAAGAUGUACAUGAAUACCUUGAAUUACUUAUCCAGUGCAGCUUUCUCCUCUAUUCCACCAGAAUUAGUUCCUGACCUGCAGAAGAUGCUCUCUGCAAAUGAAUCUUUCAGGCCAACAGCUAUGGAUUUUACAGGUUCUCCUUUUUUCCGGAAUGACACGAGGCUGCGUGCUCUUCGCUUCCUAGACCACAUGCUUGAAAGAGAUAACAUGCAGAAGUCUGAGUUCUUAAAAGCAUUAUCAGAUAUGUGGAAAGACUUUGACACCCGUGUGCUGCGAUAUAAGGUUCUUCCACCCUUAUGUGCUGAACUUAGGAAUAUGGUCAUGCAACCAAUGAUUCUCCCCAUGGUUCUCACCAUUGCAGAGUCCCAGGAUAAAAUUGACUUUGAGCUAUCAACACUUCCAGCUCUCAUUCCUGUCCUCAGUACUGCUGCAGGCGAGACACUACUGCUGCUUGUGAAGCAUGCUGAACUUGUUAUCAACAAGACUAGUCAGGAUAACUUAAUAUCCCAUGUUCUGCCCUUGCUCGUUCGAGCUUAUGAUGAUACGGAUCCGCGCAUUCAAGAGGAAGUUUUGAGAAAAUCAUCCUUUCUUGCCAAGCAACUAGAUGUUCAGCUGGUGAAACAAGCAAUUUUGCCUCGUGUUCAUGGAUUAGCUCUCAAAACAACUGUUGCUGCGGUAAGAGUCAAUGCUCUGCUAUGCUUUGGAGAUCUUGUUAGCACACUCGAUAAACAUGCUAUUUUAGAUAUCUUGCAAACAAUUCAACGUUGUACGGCAGUUGAUCGUACUCCUCCAACCCUUAUGUGUACCCUUGGUGUUGCAAACUCAAUUCUCAAGCAGCAUGGAGUAGAAUUUGUUACGGAGCAUGUUCUUCCACUUCUCACACCUCUGCUCACUGCUCAGCAAUUGAAUGUUCAGCAGUUUGCUAAGUAUAUGCUCUUUGUGAAGGAUAUCCUCAGGAUGAUAGAAGAAAAAAGAGGAGUUACAGUAACAGAUUCUGGAAUUCCAGAGGUGAAGUCAUCAUCUUUUCCCAAUGGGAUUCAGCCUCAAGCCUCAAGCAAAACAAGUGGUACUGUUGCACCAGCAGCAAAGGGUAGCGCCUCAUGGGAUGAGGAUUGGGGUCCUGUCUCAAAAGGAUCUGCCACUGCACAUCGGGCUUUAGCAAGCAACUCAUCACCUACUCCAUCUAUUUCUGCUAAUCAGCCAGUUCAAUUAACAUUUUUGCAAUCAGAAUCUCCCAUGACAUCUGCAGUUUCCAGUAGGCAAACAGCUGUAUCAUGCCCUCCAAUCGAUAUAGAAUGGCCUCCACGGGCAUCUUCAACUGUAACUCAGUUAGAUAUUGGAAACAAGCAAAUGGACGCAGGAGCAACAUCCACUUCAAGUUUUAAUGAAAUAGAUCCUUUUGCUGAUUGGCCUCCAAGACCAAGUGGCACUUCUAGUGGUUCUGGGGCUUCUAACAAUGGCACAACAGGACUGCAGCCAAAUAGUUACAGUUCGAAUUUGAUCACAAACACACCCGACAUUAUGAAUUUCCAGAACAAAGGAAAUAUCAGCUGGGCCUUCAACAACCAAAGUUCAUUGGAUCCAUUGAAACCAAAUCAAGGCACCUCUGCUGUGAAUUCUGGUAGUAGUUUGAAUAGUGGUCCUAAUCCCCAAAGCUCUAUUGGUUUCUUGAAACAGAACCAGAAUACAUCAACUCUGGGUUCUUAUAACCACACAAAGCCAACGGAUCUCGGAUCCAUAUUUGGUUCCAGCAAGAAUGAGCAGACUGCAAUAAAACUUGCUCCACCCCCAUCAAGUGCCGUGGGCAGAGGAAGAGGAAGAGGAAGAGGGAGGGGUGGCACAUCAACCUUGAGAUCUAGCCAUGCAAAGCCACAAUCUGAACAACCCCCUCUUCUAGAUUUGCUAUAAUGAGUUGGAUUGCCUUUACCAUAUGAGAAGAGGAAGAGGAGAUCUGGGAAGUGCACUUGUGGAAGUAAAAUCAUCCAAUGCGCAGAGACGGCUGUGUGACGUUAAAUGUUGAAGUUUAGAAAUGCAGCCACGGUAGGUAUUGGAGAUUGUGUGGUUUGUUAUUGAUUACUGGUUGUGGCUGUGAGUUGUUUGUAGUAUGUUGUGAUUAAAACUGUAAACAAUAUUUCUUUUCUUCACUUUGUAAUUUUGUACCAUGCCGCUGUUCAGUUGAGAUUUUGAUAUCGGGAAUAGCUUUGGCAGGAAAAUUGUAUUCUUCAAACACACCCAGUUCCAACUGGUAAAAAUAAUAAAGAUGGAGUCUGUUGCCCA